AGGUAACCCCGCGCCAGUAUCAAAAUUGACGUCGAACUGUGUGUAUGUCGAGCCCACUGUGGGUAGCGGAAAGUGACAAAGAAGCAGAGUUCGUCAGACAGUUUGCGUAGUGUGACAUCGCCGCAUGUCUAAGAGUUGAACGUUUUGGAGUGUCGACACGAAGGAACAGUUUGAAAUUGAUGUCGAUUUACCAAAUGAGUUUAGCUGCAGGUGUUUGUGUAUAAUUUUCAACAGAAGUGAGGAUUCGGACACAAGGAAACGGAUUAUCAUCAUCGUAUUUAAUUGAAUUUGAAGAAAGGGAUCUACGGCAGUAGAAAGCUACGCCAUGACGAAUAAGGCUGGAUGUAUUGAUCAAAACUAGUUGGGGCGUCAUGCUGGCGAGGCGACAGUAACUGGCGAGAAGUAAUUUAUUCAUCAAGACCUCUUCGUCAUAUAAGUUUUCGCAAUGGAUAUGAGCGGGAAUAAAGACGCGCUGCUGAACUUGACGCUGGAGACCAACCUAACUGAAGAAACCUAAUGGAACGGUAAUUGAAGAAUCGAGUUUGGAGUGGGUGCCUCUGGACACCUUCAUUGGCCUUAUACUGGCCUUCUCUUCAUGUUUCUUCAUUGGUAUUUCAGUGAUAUACAAAAAACUUGCUCUUCGUGACAUUGAGGUUCAGGGAGGGACUCGUGCUGUGGAUGGAGGUUAUGGAUAUUUGCGCUUGCCCAAGUGGUGGCUGGGCAUCUCCCUCAUGGCCCUGGGAGAGCUCACCAACUUUGUGGCCUAUAUAUUUGCACCAGCCAUUUUGGUUACUCCCCUUGGUGUAUUUUCUAUUGUAUGUACGGCUGCAUUAUCUCCCUAUUUUCUGAAAGAGCGUUUAGCCAUGUUAGGGAAACUUGGGUGUGUGUUGGUGCUGGUGGGAUGUGUUAUAGUCACACUUUGUGGACCAAAAGAUAGGGAAAUUGCAAGUAUGGAAGAACUUCAGUCUCAGCUUCUUCAUCCAGGAUUCUUGAUAUAUGCCAGUUUGGUGGUUGUCAUUUCUGCAGUUUUCAUGGCACUGGUACCUCGCUACGGUCACCGAUAUGUUCUGUUAUACAUCACCAUUUGUUCUUCCUUUGGCUCACUUUCUGUCAUGUUCUGCAAAGGUGUUGGUCUGGCAUUGAAACAGACAUUUAGUGGCAGUAAUGAAUUUACUAACUGGGCCACUUGGGUUUGUUUAUUGGCACUUGUAGCAUGUUUGCUUAUUGAGACAAUUUAUAUGCAACGUGCACUUGAUCUUUUCAACAGUUCUGUCUUUAUGUCUAUCAAUUAUGUGCUUUUUACAUCCCUUGUAAUUAUAGCUUCAUCCAUAUUGUACACAGAAUUAAGAGAAAUUGGCUGGAAAAAUAUUGUCCUAACACUUCUGGGUUUCAUUGUUAACAUAGUUGCUCUGUUUCUUCUACAUCUGGAUAAAGAAAAUGGAGCACAACAGACACCUCCUGAAACAGGUGACGCCUCUGCUGAGUCACCUCAGCCCAUCAAAGUUCCUGGAGGUGGACUAGACCAAGGUACACCACUCUUAAGUAGGGCACCUGCUUCACCAUUAGCAGGGCUUAACCUUACACACAAUGUAUUUCCCACAAAAACUAAUUCUUGCAUGUCCUUGAUAAGUCAGAAGUCUCAGCUUCGCCAUGCUAGAGAAAAUAAUCAUCACCAUCCCCUUGACAAUAUUGAAGAUGAUACUAGCCGUCACAGCAACAGCAGCAAUAGCAGCAGAGGUGGCAGCAGUAGUGUAGAAGGAAGCACUAGCAGUGGGCCAAGCAAGCAGGAAGAUGGGUGUGAUGCCAGGAGAGGACAUUGCCGUUCAGCUUCAAGUUGCAUGUGUGAGGUGCCACUCCUUAACGAACUUCAAACAUCAACGACAAAAUUCACCUCACAACCAUCAUCUCCUCAAAGUGAUAUUAGCAAAAAUAAUAACAAUAAUCGUAGCAGAAGCAGUAGUUGUAGCAGCAAAGUAAAUGAAGUGGCUGUAAGUUUAGAAGCAGAGCUUGAAGACCGGUAUAGUCAUAAUAAAGCUCUAGUUUGACAUAUACUUACCAAAGUCCAUAUGUAGUGCCAUAUAUGCCAAAAUAUGGAUGGCAUAAUUGUGCUGUCCACAUGCUAGAAUCGUUAUGUAUACCUGUUAAGUUACACGAUGUUAUAAAGGUUGCAACUGUGACUAAUAUAAAAAUAACAGAUAUUUACUUUGAAAACAGUGACGAAAAGAGCACCUCUGAUCAGCAAGAAUCAGAGCAAUAUUAUUUGUGUUUAUAUCUAGUGUAGAUAUGAGGUAUAAUCAGUUUACACUUCACUCUUAUAGUCAAAAUACCAUAAGAAAUUCUUGGAACUAGAUGCAAGAAAUAAUAAAUUAUAUUUAUAUUUUCUUUUUGCUGAUAACUUUUGUGUAUGUGUACCUAUUUGUAUUGAGGAAUCUCAUAAUUAGAUGACUUUAGAUUUUUUAUGUAAUAAAGUAGAAUGUUGGUGGAAGAGAAACUAAUAUUAUGAAUAAUGAUAUUUUACAGAAUCUGAUACUUAAAUGUAUAAAUGAGUAGGAUCUGAUAUAAGACCC